AUGUUUGACCAAGCGAGCUCUGACAGGGACUGGUGGAAGUGGGUGCCGUUCUGUGAGGAAGAGGAUGAUGAGGCAGUGGAAGUGGAUGUGGACAGCAGCAUGCCAGAGCCCCUGUGCCUGCUCACCGACGCCCCCUACAUUCAGAGUAGGCAGAGCUGCAGCAGCAGGAUUGGGAAGGACAGAACUCUCUAUGACUCCUGCUGCGUCAGCUACUUUCCCAAGUGGGAGUACAUUGUGAUGGGCGGCUCGGACAGGCAGGCCUCCCUCUACACCAAAUACUGGGUGCGGCUCGACACCAUCGGGAAACAGAGCUCCUGGGUGUGGACCUGUGUUGGGCUUCCAGGACAGACCAUAGCCUUCUUUCAGCUCAUCUUCAGCACGAUGCAUGGCCUGUACAAAGACCGUUACGCCUACAGAGACGGCAUGACCGAUGUCAUCCUCCAGCACCUCAUCACUGAACAGAAAGUGAGGAUGAAGUGCAGAGAGCUGGAUAAGAAGAUAGCUAUCAACAGGAACCGCCGUGCCAUCCAGCUGCCUGAGAAGAUCCUCAUCUACGAUUUCUGACGACUCUUCCACAUGUACAACCGCAUCAAGGAGAAGAUCUGCAGGAAGUUUGAGUGCAACCUGCUCGUGGUCUGCUCAGAGCACAUCAUCCUGUGUCAGUGUCUGUCCUUCACCGAUGCAGUGUCUGUCCUUCACCAGUACCAAGGAAUAGUGGCUCAUGGAGUCUCUGAUUCUCUACAUCAAAGUCAUUGGUGGCCGACCGGACAGCAAGGGCCUAAUGAUCCUGAAGGUCUUUGUGGACAACCCGUUUGCCAUCAAUCUGCUGAAGCAGUCUACACCUGUGCGUUGUCUGGACAUGAGUACGUCCCGCAGCACGCUGGCAGUGGUGGACGAACACAGAACCUGCCGGUUUAAUGACAUCCACACCAAGGAACAGCUCUUUAACGUCAGAGGGCAGGCGUCAAGAGUUAUUAAGGCCAAGGUUGAGGUGGCUUCACUUUCAAAUUGUCGUUCAAAGGUUGUCCCUUUUUCCCUCACCUACUUUUCCCCCUGACUUGCCCUCGUUCUAUGAGCAUCCUUCCCUACUCCCCAGGAGCCCAAUGCUAACAACGUAGCAUGGAACACUUAAUGUGAGGACAUGCUGUGUUUGUCAGGCAGCUGCUACCUCAACGUCAAGGCCAGUAACUUCCCAGUGCACCAACAGAAGCUGCAGGGCUUUGUGGUGGGCUACAAUGGCUCCAAGAUCUUCUGCCUGCAUGUCUACUCCAUAUCCACCGUGGAGGUUACCGUUGGCUCCUAUGUACCAGUGUCUAUGUACCAGUGUCUAUGUACCAGUGUCUAUGUACCAGAGAGAAGGAUGUUCAAGCAGGUCUAUCAGAUCUCCUGUCUGUGUGUGACUGCCAGUGACUGUAGGGAUCUGGCCACGGAUGCUCUGGAAGGGCUCGACUGUCACCUUUAAGAAGGCCUUCAUCCGAGUACGAGACCUGCGCUGCCUGGAGCUCAUCAACAGCAUUGAGGAGGCAGACAGACCCUAAAAACACUUGCAUGCUGAUGUCCAAGCAGGCAGACUGGGCUAAGAACAGCAAUGAGCCACAGGCCGCUGCUCAGAUGUACCUAUCUGUAGGAGAACACCUCAAAGCCAUCGACAUCAUAGGAGAACAAGGCUGAGUCGACAUGUGGAUCACACACACACACACACACACACACACA